UUUACUGUACAGAGGCUGGAGGCAGCGCAGUGUGUGUGGACGUUAUAAUCGGGUUUCACUCACACAGAGCAGAGGAACAGACGAACAUCUGCCAUGAGCACUGAAGCAUCGGGGUCACCUGGAGUCGGAGAGGCGGCGGAGGGCAAGUGCCCUCUAGGAAACAGGCAUGUGAACAGGGAGGAGGUGAGACAGAUCCUCAGGGAGUGCCAAGAGGAGAGCUUCUGGUAUCGAGCUGUGCCUCUCUCCCUGGGCGGUUUGGCCAUCACUGGAGCACUCAUCUACAAGGGAGUUCUGGUGCCCUCUAAGAGGUUCGGCCCCUUCCCAAAACUGGCAGCGGCUGGUAUCAUUGGCUACAUCCUGGGGAAGGCCUCCUACAUGAGGACCUGCAGAAAGAAGUUCCACAGGCUGGGGUUCGAGCCGGGCCGGCGGGCAUUCGGACCCGGGUUCUGGGGGCCAGGGUUCGGCCCGGGGCACAGCAGACACUGUCAUCACGUGUGUAAUGAAUGUGAAAAAAGCAAGUCAACCGCUCCACCAGAGAGUGUUGCUUAACAGCAUACUUCGGAUUCACCACCCGACCCGGAAGCACACCGAUAUGACCUGGAAGUUCAGCCGUGUCAAAAGAGGAGGAGUCACUGUGAAUGUGUUAAAUUUAUAUUUGUACCACAUCACACCAAAAUAAAUACUUAUAUUUUCUCACUUCAUUCAAA